CUUGAUCUCUCUUCUCUCCGGAGUCCGUAAUAGCAAUACUAGGAGACUAGUUUUGUCCAUCCACCAUCGCACACAGGUUCUGACUAAGUAUUUCGUACAUUAACCGUUAAGGAGGGGAAAAGCUAAAUAAAGAAUUGACUCGUAGCUGGCGCGCAAAUUGUUGAAGAAGGAAUUUUAAAGAAGAAUGCGCGCGCGUUUGAGAAUGAAGUGACAAUGCAUAUAACGCUUCUCAAGCCUCUUCAUUCAUACACCUCUCAGUAUUGCCGCAAAUUAUAUUGUUCUUAUCAAUACAAUUGAAGAAAAAAACAAAGUUAUAAAAAGGGAUCGUCGAUGAAUUAUCAUAAAAUUUCAUCAAAAACCACAAAAGAUACGAGGCACAGCAGCUUUCUGACCCUUGCAUGAAGACGUCGCUUGGGGGCUAAGCCAAUACAUUUUCUCGUAGGAUUGCCGUAGGAUCAACAACUUCACUUGGAGACUUUCAUUUAUUCGACUCUCUUUCCUCCGAUCUUGGUCGAAAUAUGAGUGAACCAUCAUGCGUUAUUCUCUCUUUCUUUCGGUGCUUCUGCCCCUCACACUCGCUCAAUAUCCACCCAUCUCAAACCUCACUAGAAUAACGUCCCCAGUCGAUGGGAAUAUCACCAUCUCUUACAAAACACCACCAACAGGCACCUGCCAAACGGUUUUCGAUUCUCAAGAACAAUAUACAGGCUGGGUUAAUAUACCGGGCAGUUAUGCGACGAACACAUUCUUUUGGUUUAUCUCUGCGAGAGAUCCUACAGAUCAACUUACGAUAUGGCUGAAUGGAGGGCCAGGCUCCAGCUCGAUGAUUGGACUUUUCAAUGAAAAUGGUCCUUGUGAGGUUAUUGAAGUAGCACAGGGGAAGUUUGCGACGGAAGCUAGGGAUUGGGGCUGGGAUAGAGCUUCUAAUAUGCUAUAUAUUGAUCAGCCCAACCAAGUUGGAUUUUCAUAUGAUACGCCUACUAAUUGCUCUCUCGACCUUCUCACGUCCGAUCUAUAUACUCCACAGCAGACUCUCCCAAAUUCGCAGCCUGCGGAUACCUUUUUAAAUGGAACGUUUAGCUCUCUGAACGUCAAUAAUACGGCCAAUACUACUGAGAUAGCUGGAAUGGCUAUAUGGCACAUGCUCCAAGGAUUUCUUGGUGCCUUUCCACAAUAUACUCCAAAUAAUAGUUCCGCUAUGAAUAUUCACUUGUUCGCAGAGAGUUAUGGUGGAAAAUAUGGUCCAGCUUUCGCAACUCUUUGGGAAGAGCAGAACGAGAAGCGUGCAAACGGCACGUUAUCUCAAAGCACAACCAUUGACAUUAAACUCAAAUCACUCGGAAUAGUCAAUGGUUGUGUGGAUGACUUAAUUCAAGCCCCUUAUUAUCCUGAUUUUGCAGUUAAUAAUACCUUCGGCCUUAGUGCUAUCAAUCCUACAAGGGCAAAAUUGGCGACUGCCAACUUUUACGCUUCUGGUGGCUGCAAGGACCUAAUUACACAAUGUCGAGCCGCUGUGCAAAGUCAGGACCCUACAAAUGAGGGCAAUGUCUCAAGUGUCAACAGUGCUUGUUCCAAUGCAUAUAAGAGUUGUUUGACGAACGUGCUGGAACCAUAUUAUGACGCUGGAAGAAGUGUGUACGAUAUUUCCCAUAAUCUGCCUGAUUCAUUUCCACCCAGUACAUACCUCGAGUACCUCAAUACUGCUGGUUUUCAAUCUGCUAUCGGCUCACCAAUCAAUUACACCGAGACAAAUCUACAAGUUGUUGCCGCUUUCACAUCCACUGGCGACUACGAGCGUAAAUCUUACGUACCAGAAUUAGCUGCGCUCGUAAAUUCUGGAAUUCAUGUUGGUUUGAUGUAUGGUGAUAGGGAUUAUAUUUGUAAUUGGCUUGGUGGUGAAGCUAUAUCUUUAGCUGUUGCAGAACAAGUCUCUUCUGAAUAUGCCUCAAAGUUUCCAGCCGCUGGCUACGCUCCUAUCAUAACUAACACUUCUUAUAUUGGUGGUGUUGUAAGGCAGUUUGGCAAUCUCUCCUUUAGUCGCAUAUACGACGCAGGUCACAGUGUCCCGGCCUACCAACCCGAGACCGCUUUCCAAGUUUUUGCCCGAAUCAUAAUGGGCACCUCUCUCUCAACAGGAGAAACCAUCAAUUCAUCAGUCUACAAUACCACUGGUCCCCUGAAUGCCACACAUACCACAAGUCUCCCACCAUCCCCAACAAAUACAUGCUACCUUCGGAAUAUUCCCGGAACAUGUACAGAAGAUGAACGGCAGAUGAUCAUCGCUGGGAAGGGGGCAAUUAUCGAUGGAGUACUUUACAGUGAUUCCUCAGAUUACAGUGCUCCUACUAGUACUAUAACAUCAACAGGUUCUGGAACUGCUAAGUCUGCCUCAGUGACCACCACUACAGAAAUCCUUACAGGUCUUUUCACUGCGACUGCUACACCUAGUCCUAGCAAAUCUUUUGCGAUUCCGGUAGCAAGAUUGGAUUUCGGGAUCUUCUCGCUAUUUGGCGCAAUAGGGUUCUCUUCUUUCUUCAUCUGAGCAUUAUAUACAUGCAUGUGAAUAGAUGUUUAAUAUUUUUGUCGUCCCUUUGAGACGAAUACACUAUACCAUUCUUCCGGAAGACACUCGUGGCCAGAAAAACUCGGCAAUACAUAACAAUUAUACUCGACAUUAGCGGCAUGGAAAUCAGCAUGGGCAAUGGGCAUUCGAAAUUGGCGCAAAAUUGAAGGCGCAAUAACCCCAAUCGUGUCAGAUCGACAGAGAUGAUCAACUUGGCCAAAUCCUCGGAAUGGCGUUAUCAUGGCGUUACAGCACUUUUACAUCAUCUAUAGAUGAUAUACAUCUUCACUUCUUGGACCAAGGUCAUUCAGUUACAUGAAUACAAGUUCAACUGGUCACUUCUACGUCUAUCCUAUUGUUCCUAUUUCAUCACCAUACGUACUACGACUUGGGAACAGGGAAACUGAUACGAAAAGAAAGAACCGAGGAAAGAACAGAACCAGUUUCUAUUCUUUCAACUGCUCGAUGUAGGAGACUUUUUGAUCUGUUCGCUGCUCGGGAAAUGUAAUGUUUUACAUUUUAUAUUAUAGCAUCUGCAUGAGUUAUCCAUAAUGGCUAACUAGGUAACUGAAUAAUUAGCUAGCUAACGCAAUCUGGAUGAAUGGAUGCUUGGAUGGGACGGAAUGAUUUGGGAUGGUCAAAUGCAUUAUACCCUAUGUAUUGUAUGCGUAUCAUAUUUUCUUUUGGGAGACAGGGGAAAGGAGGAUUUCACGGCGUUUUUACUUCUUCUCUUCUCUUCUCUUCUCUUUUAUUUGCUGGGUUCGUCUUGGGGGUAUUGGGUUUGCUGGGGGAAUGAGAGGUGUGUGCAUGGAUAUUCGAGGAGUAUUCAGAAGGGUGGUAAUGGUACAGUGAAGUGCGGUGAGGCGAGGCGAG